AUGUACGCCUUGACCACCAUCCGUGGUGUUGGUCGUCGUUACGCCAAUCUUAUCUGUAAGAAGGCCGAUGUUGACCUCAGCAAGCGUGCUGGUGAGUUGACCGUUGAAGAGCUCGAGAGAAUCGUCACCAUCAUCCAAAACCCCACUCAAUACAAGGUCCCCGCUUGGUUCCUUAACAGACAAAGAGACGUUGUUGACGGUAAGGACUCGCACCUCCUCGUCAACCAACUUGACAACAAGCUCCGUGAGGACUUGGAGCGUCUCAAGAGAAUGAGAGCCCACAGAGGUCUCAGACACUACUGGGGUCUCCGUGUCCGUGGUCAACACACCAAGACCACCGGCAGAAGAGGCAGAUCCGCCCCUACUGGCAAGAAAUAA